CUUAUCAAUGGUCACUCUAACACCGCCUCAGUUCUCAGCGGACAUCGUUUCGCGACUGAAUGAGUUCAAUUGAUAAUUGAAACAGAUCCCCCUCCCUAAAAAUCUACAGACAGCUAUUCACAUUCUAACAACUUUAGUUUCGCUUUUCGUGGUUGCGUUCGUCGUCGCGUGCACUACAGUAGACAUGAUAGACGACCCUUAGAGUCAAAUCAAAAGCUCCUUUACGAGCUAUGGAUCGACAUGUUAUAGUAAACGAAUUUUUUUCACGGGUGCUUGGAAUCGAUUGACGGUGUUGUGAGAGUUUUAUUUACCAGCUCAGGGAUCGGUGUACCCACUAGAAAUGUUGUUGUUAAUCCAUGCAGCUUUGAUACAGCGACUGGGAGUUUUCCUGGUGCUUUUUUCAGCGAUUUCUUUCGGCGAUUGUUAUAAACCGGUCUUCUUGGUCCAUGGGAUUCUAUCAUCGAACCGUUCAAUGGAGGCUCUGGCAAGAAGGAUAGAGGAGAAGCAUCCUGGUACCAAAACGUACGUUUCCGAUAGAUUCCUGAAAUGGUCUAGCUUAGAGCCCAUUUGGCGGCAAAUUUCACGAGUAGGAGAGGAUUUCAAAAAUAUAUCGGACUCUCACCCAGAUGGAUUUCACGUAAUAGGUUACUCACAAGGUGGUUUAAUAGCCAGGGGACUUCUAGAAUUGUUCCCCAAACAUAAUGUUCAUACUUUCGUCUCGUUGAGCUCUCCUCAAGCUGGCCAGUAUGGAGAUUCAUUUUUGCACCUUAUUUUUCCAAACCUGGUCUGUGCAACUGCUUACGAGCUGUUCUACUCGAAAAUUGGUCAAACGAUCUCAGUUGGAAAUUAUUGGAAUGACCCAUACCAUCAAAAGUUAUUCUUCAAGUACAGUUCUUUCCUGCCGUUCUUGAACAAUAUGAUUAAAAGUGAUUUUAGCGAUCAGUUCAAAGAAGGAAUCUCUAAGUUAAAGAACAUGGUUCUGAUAGGCGGGCCUGAUGAUGGGGUGAUAACUCCAUGGCAGUCAAGUCAUUUUGGUUACUUCAAUGAAGAUGGAGCGAUAAUAAAUUUCAAAGAUCGAACAGUGUACAUAAAUGACACCAUGGGACUACAAACUCUCGAUUCUCAGAACAAGCUACAGAUUAUAACGCUCAGCAAUGUCUCCCAUUUCAAUUGGCACAGAAAUCAUACAGUGACAGAUGAUUUUAUUCUUCCUUGGCUGGAUUAAAAAUGACGACAAUACUGUUACCUCCUUGCAAAAUUUUGAAAAGUACCAAGUGAUGAUUAGAUUUUUCAUCAAUGAAACAGCAAUAAAGAAAGAAAAAAAUCAAAGAUUUGAAAAAGUGAUUACGGAUUUUGGAUCUUAUGGAAUAAGAGGUGUUUUAACGAAAAAAUACUUUUAUGCAGAAAUAAUUUUAUAAUAAUAUCUCUCUCGGAGAGGAAAACCAUUGGAAAAAGUAACAAGUGUUUACAUUUUUACACAAAAUUUAUACAUAAAUUAGAAAAAUAAA